AGUUUAAUGCCAUCUCAAAAAUUACCACCUAAUGACUGGAGAAAUAUUACCUGCCGUAAGUGCGAACGCUGACGUCGACUUCCCCUAUUCGCGUAAGCUUACGGUCAAGCAAUUUACGGACACGCUAACGGACCGUUAGUGCGAUCUGUGCUAUUCGAGAAAAGUGAAAUGCGACAGGCAGGAAAGGUGCUCGAAUUGCGCAGAUUCGGGUGUGGAAUGUCGACGGUUACGGCCUCAUCGGCCUGCGAAGCCGAAAUCUCUGUCGGGGGUGUCGGCUCUUGAGGAACGGAUUUUGAAUUUGGAGAAAGUAGCUUCUAGCUCACACAGGACCAGCCUGAGUCCAAUUAGUCAUAUUCAUGAGGCAGAAGAUGAACCGCAUUUAAAAAGAAGAAAGCUUGAGCAUAAUUCUCCACACAGCAGUGCGCCUCACGGCAACACUGAAUCAAUCGGAGGCCCGGAUGACUCUACUCAUCAUGCCAAAAAGGCCAGGGCUAUCAUCCAGAAUGAGCUUGAGGGGACUGAGAACAUCAGCCGUGAGCGAUGGACAACGCUCAGAUCCGCUCUGAACGUUGUUGAUAGGAUGAGCAAAGGAGACAGUAACUCGGAGCCAGACAAGGAUUUACCGCCCGAAGUGGCGAGUCAAGACCCCGAUAUCGUUGUUCCUAAUUCUCCUCCGACAGAGUUACUGUAUAUGCUCCUUCGAGAACCCACAGUCACAGAAGAAUCGGGAAAUCGCCUUAUAUGGCCAGAUCAUAUAUCAGAAAAGGCACUUGAGAAAAUGAUAGUCUAUCUUCUAGAGAACGAGUCCCGGGGGCAAGUAUUUCAUCAAUACUGCGUUUGUGUCUACGUGAAAGCAAUUUCACGUCUGUAUAAUGUUUCAAGGGUGUCCGAAAACAAAUCAAUUCACCGGCAUCUCGCCAAUUCCAGGAAGAUAUAUGAAGCGGCCGCGAUUCAUGCUCUUAAGCAGCUUGACAUCCUUGCCAUGCCGAGUCUUGCUUUAAUACAGGCAUUACUGUCUGCUGGCCUUUUGAUGCAAUCGUUGGGACGAGCGAAUCACUCAUGGGUACUCACGUCCUACGCUGCUCGCUUGAUAGUCUCUCUGAACUAUCACGAAAUUAGCGAUCCUUCGCAAGGGGAAGAAGAAAUUAAGAGUUCUCUAUAUUGGUGCUAUUAUGUUGAUCGAACUCUCAGCGCUCUCCUGAUUCGACCGCCGUCACUACCAAAUCUUCAAGUAUCUCCCACUGAUCUAGUUAGGAUGGAUACAUCGGUGCCGUACACGCCACUCAUCCGCAUCAUCAUAGAUCUAGCUCAAAUUCAAGAUCAGCUGCUCGACAUCUCGCUCAACGGAAAGCACAGAAGUCCUAGUCAAGUCCUCGUCCACUGUCAAGGUCUGCAGGAAAGGAUGUGCAUUAUACACAACAACUUGCAAGCUGGCCGCGACUCCAUCCCUGAGUUGAUCAUGAGCGACUGGGUAUCUGUCGAUUUCUGCUACUACGCCAUUCUCGUCGAGAUCCUACGAACACGCCUCCGAUACGCCCCUAGUCCACUUACGCAUCGAGAAUGUCUCUCAUACGCCCGAAGCUCAUUGAAAGCGUUCCAAUACCUCCAAAAACACGUCAACGAGCUAGAUUGCGCUCCGUACCCAUUCUUUCUCACAUGGACCAUGUUCAUGUACCCUCUCAGCCCAUUCUUCGUCCUCAUCUGCAACAUCAUCGGAACCCUCGAUAAAGACGACUACCAUCUCAUCCGCAACAUCACUCAAGGCCUCGCCCAGUUCACCGAAAGUCCCUACGUCGCCAAGAUGCUUAGCCUCCUGGCUUCUCUGCAGCAGCUCUGCGAGCCCUUAUUACACACCGUCGAUAGUCAGGACGCGCCACCGCCUCAGGGGCGACGAUGGUAUCCAUCGGUCACGGCCACGUCGGAGCCUGAGACCUCAGUUCCUACGCACAAUGCUACUGCGUACGGCACCGAGAACAUGUCGGUGUCUUCAUCAGCGGCGGCUGUUGGUGCGCCGACGGAGCUAUGGAUGCAGGGACAGUAUCCGGCUGAGGUGACGCCUUCGACGGAGGGUAUGAUGUGGCAGUUGUUCAAUAGUCAGCUUUCGUUGGGGCUGUUUGAGUCGGAUUACAUGGCUUUUGGGGCUGGUUGAUCGGUGGGUUUCUUGGGUUGUGUAUGUUGAUAAUGUGUAUAGGUUUCGGUUUGGGGCUGAUUGCGUCAUUCGGUCGGUUCGUUUGUCGGUGUAGUGGAAGCGAGUAUUUCGGGCUUCACCGUGUUAUUCGGAGUACAUUUCUGGAGUUGGGAGUCUACUUAUAUAAUAACACUCAAUUGGACAUACACUAGCACAAGUACUUAAUCUCAACCUACAGAUAGAUUCAAGUUCCAGCCAUACUUCCGUAUCCUCCAAUCAAUCGCUCGAGACAGCCAUUCACAUGACCAAGAUCACAUGAUGCUUGUUUUCAGACCGCGGGCUUACCUCAUCGCAGCAAACCCAGCAAACAACAUCCAAACUCAUCAAACCAAACAAACAGAGCAAAAUAGACCCAAAAGAAUCUCUUCCUCCGAUGAGAUGGACGUCAAUAACCAUUUUCUGAUCCAUUAAUCACGCAGGGAGCGAUAGAUAAAUGAGAUAAAAUCAGAACCACCGACGCGACGACCGGACCUGCAUCUUCAAUUCCCGCCUCUCACUGGUCCGAACCCAUCGGCUCUUGGCUGCGUCUAGCCCAGGGCAACAGAAGCUAAGCUGCAAGUCUUACCGAGGGUCGGAGGGUAGAACUAAAACAAGGACCAAGGGAAAUAUCGCAUAUUC